GGCGAUGCUGCCCAGAGUGGAUGUAGACGUGUGUUGCCGAUCGGCUGCAAGUGAGCUUGGCGGUGCUGAAAAGGACAGUUCCUCCCAAGGCUGCAGCUAUGUUCACCAGGAUGCUCAAACUGAGGCUUCUCAACGCCGUGGCCCCUGCAUACUUUUUCAUGGCGACAAUCGUCACCUUCAUCCUGCACUUUGGCUUCUUCAUCCCAACGAUCUUCCCCACCCCUGACACAUCACCCGGGGGGUCUACAACUCUUCACACCGUGGUUUUCCUUUUCCUCAUGUUCAACGCCCUUGGGAAUUACACAAUGACUAUCUUAUAUCCCGCAGCAAGUGCCAACGAGACGGCGGUCCCGGUGUGUUCACCACACUGCUCGGACAAAGUGGAUGCUCACUACCUCCUCAACGGCCGCCACUUCUGCAAACUGUGCAAGAAGGUUAUACUGAAGCGGGAUCACCACUGCUUCUUCACCGGGAAUUGCAUCGGCAACAAAAACAUGCGUUACUUCAUCAUGUUUUGCAUCUACACCUCCUGCACCUGUUUGUACUCGCUGGUUCUUGGCGUGGCCUUUCUCACAGUGGAAUACUCCAUUUCCUUCGAGAACCCGCUGACCUUCUUGACUCUUCUCCCCCUCUCCACUGGUUACUUCUUCAUGGGAACAAUCUCCGGCGUGCAGCUCUUCCUGGUCCUGAUGCUGUACGUGUGGCUGGGCAUCGGGCUUGUCUGUGCCGGUUUCUGCUGCCAGCAGGUGCUGCUGGUGGCCCGGGGCCAGACCUGGUGUCAGAUGCAGAGUGGGCAGCUCCUGGAGAACUGCAGCCCCUGGAGAAGCAACCUCAAGGAUGUGUUUGGAGCCAACUGGGCGCUGGGUCUCAUCCUGCCUGUGCACACAGUGGAGAUGUGCUCUGAGGAGGCACUAAAGCAGGACUGAGCCAUCUUCUCAUCAUUCAUUUAUCAACUUGCAAUAGGUCACACAGGCAGGACACUUUGGAGAAAGUUAGGAUUCAUUUAUCUAUUGAGCCAAAUAUAAGACGGUAUUUUCCCUCGAGGUCUCAAAAAGGCUCAGGGUCUAGAGUUGUAUACAUGGAAAUGAGACAGAGGUUUUCUUCCUGUCACUCACACACACACCAGUGACUUGGAGAGAGGCAGCCAUGGCACAGAGACCUACUGGAAAAAAGGAACCGUCUUAUAUUUGUCUUAAUACCAAUUACAGUGGAACCUCUAAAUAUAAAUUCCUCAACUGAACAGUCAGUUUUUCUACUUCCUCUUUGAUUUGAUCCAGACGGAAAUUAUAAAACCUUUAUUAACAAUCAAGAUUUUUUACAUUGCUUUUCAAUAGUCACAUGAGAAUAAAUAAAAGCUAAGUAUUGCGUAAUAAAUCUUUAAAAAAGUAAAACUACUCGCUCCUUGAAGACACAACAUGGAGGGAGCAAGGCGCUUGCAGAGCAAUACAGGUACUGCAUCUAAGCUUUGUAGGGUUUAAGUAUUUUAUGAAUAGAUAUAUACAAAUUGUUAGAUGACUAAUAUAUAUAGUGCCUUGUUUGGUUUCAUUGUCAUGCAAGUCAUUAGCCAUCAUGCUUGCUUGCGGUUACAUUGCAUCUGCUUACAAGUGAUCUUCGGUUUACCACCUUAGUUAGUUUACCACCAUUUUGUUUGCACCAUUUACAGUGCAAGUGGAAUACAUGAAGAAUACAUGACAUAAUCAGCACAAGAAUGCAGCGUGUGCCUCGUGCCGAGCAGCAACACUGCUUGAGGAAGAAUAACAUGGCGUAUUAGUAGGCAUGUACGAUAAUUAGCGACCCGAUAUCAGCAUAAAAAUGCAAUAUCGGUUGAUAUCGGUAUUAUUUUUUUUUUUCCCAAUCAUGAAAACCAAUAUGUAUACGACACAUAUGUGUCAUAUUCCACCACAGGAUAUGUUAUCAGUAUGUGCGCUGAUAUCGGCAUAUCGUUUUUCUGCAAAAAGCCGAUAUCGGAGAAGAAGUAGUUAUGCUUCCAGACUAGCCUGGGAUAAUUUUUAAAAAAUGUAGGACAAGCACAGGGACAAAAGUAUAACUGUUUCACUUAAUUCUUGUAUUUAGUCUUUUUAUUACUGUAUUUUAUAUGUCAUAGGUCAUUUAGGUGUAUGUCCCAACUUACAUUAAAACUCGCUCAUACUGUACUGAGUGGCCUUCUAUGGUAAUUGAAACAUGUCCCCCUCUGCUGGGGCAUCACCAAAAUAUAGAAAAAGAGAAAACUAAAUAGGUUUAAGUUCUGAGUUCCUUCUGAUACCCAUAGUCACACAAUUUGGCUCCAACUCCAUUUUGUACCACUUUGGAGGUUCCACUGUAUGUACUUUAUAAUGACGUUAAGUAUUCCUUGGCACUCCUGUAAAGAGAGGAGGCAUACAGUAAGCAUAUAGGAGUUUACAUUUAGGUUUUAGUAGCUUUUUAAAAGCAAUAUUUAAUAAGGUUUACUAAGGUUCAUCAUAAACAUAUACAUACACUGCUUAGCCUUUUUUGUAUCAUGUGCUAAACUUGACUGCUGAUGCCAUUUAUGUGUGCACAGAGAACAUUCAGGAACAUAUUUUUACCGUUAUUACAUUUAAGGGCUAGCAGGCAAGAACAUGUGUAGUGACCCUUAUAAGUAUCAAUACAAUAUUAUUGUCUGCUCCAGAGACUGGUUGAUGAUGGGCUAUAGUGGAAUUAUCCAGGGUAUUAAUCACAAUGUGCCAUAAAAUCAUGUCUUACUUACAUAUUUUGUACACAACAGCCCCAUAGAUGAAGCAAUAGCCGUACACUGCUAAUGCUAAUAAUGGAGCCUUGUGGUAAUACUGUAAUAAGGACUUCCCACUGUUAAACUGCAGCUGCUUGACAUAUAGUCAACAUUGUUUUAGAAAUAAAUACUUUUUAUGACAGUGGUCAAAAAGUGCAAAACACUUUAACAAAAGAAAAAAAACAACCAAAUUACAAUUACAUCAUUCAGAAAUGGAACGCACUGAAUCCCAAGGGGACGUUUGGACCAAUCAGCUCCAGAGACCUUGGGUGACAAGGAAACACGAGAAAAGCUGAUUGGUCCAAACAUUAUUACUUCCUAUAUCUCAGGGAUUUGGUACAUUCCCGGUAGGAUUGGUUUAAUUAUAAUUUGGUUUGCUUUUUAUUAACGUGUUUUGCACUUCUUAGCCAUGGUAUUUAAUUACUAGAGCUACUUUUGUCUUUACCUGCUAUACACAUAAAUCCAAAGUGCUAUAAUAUUAAGUGAGUCUUCAGUUAAAAUAAUCUACCGCACUCAGGUGGUUUUCUGUGUAGUUGCGUAACAUCUUUAUUGGACAGAAUAUUUGUACCUGAAGAACAAGACAGAAGAAAUGACUUUACAGUUUUAUGACCGUUAGUCAAGGUGACGUUUGUGACAGGAGGCACAUUUCACACAAAAAAAGGUCAAAUAUGUUUGUUAAAAUAGAGUUACUACUACUAUGGCCUGUAAAGUAUUGCAAGGUAGUAUUGCCGAAAUAAAGAAUUCCAAGUUGCCAUUAAUCCUCGCCAUGAUUGAUUCUUUGGAGAGCUUCGACUACAUGCAACCUUCUUCCUCCAUGUGAAACUUGCAUCUUUGCAGAUGCUUACAGCAAUCCAAGCAGCUCAAGCACUAACACGAGUAUACAAACAUUCAAAAAGGCACAGUUAACAUUCAUGUUCACAUAAAAAAAAACAACAACAAAAAAACAAGCAGGGCGACAGUCUAUAGUAACUAAAGUGCAAAAGGCUGAUAUGUAACGAAUUUCUGCUACUGUUGUGCCAU